AGCACAUCCUACCACUCCAGACAGUGGUGACUAUGAGCCUUACAGAACCUUAGACUGGUCUCAAAUAGGCAGCCACAGAGCAAACAGCAGACACCAUGGGAUCCCCAUCAGUUUCUACCCACAGAGGACUUGUCCCCUGGCAAGGGCUCCUGCUGGUUGUCUCAAUAUUAAACUACUGGUGCACAUCCACUGCUGCCCAAUUCGCUGUUGUGCCAACCAAUGCUGCUGAAGGGACAACUGUGAGCCUACGUCUCCACAAUACGCCUCCUAAUGUUACAAGCUUUGUAUGGUACAGGGGAGAAGGGGCAAACCCCUAUAACAAAAUUUCAACUUUUGAUGUAAACCAAAAAACACAUGUGAGCGGGCCUGCAAACAGUGGACGAGAGGAAAUAAUCUAUGAUGGCUCGUUGAUGUUCACAAAUGUCACCCUGAAUGACACAGGAAACUACACUGUAGAGGUCUUCCCAGGAGGCUCAGUGAGAGAAGUAAGGUUUGGACAGCUUCAUGUAUACGAGCUUGUGAGAAUGCCCACCUUCCUAUUCAGCAACAUCACAAGCAUAGACAAUAAGGAUGUUGCAGUCUUGAUUUGCCACACAAAUGCAGUGUCCAUCCAGUGGUUGUUCGAUGGCAUGGAUCUGCAGCUCUCAGAGACAAGGAAGCUGUCUGAGGACAACAGAAGCCUCACCAUAGACCCCAUCCAGAGGGAGGAUGUUGGUUUAUACCAGUGUAGAGCCUCCAACCCCAUCAGUUAUGCUGAAAGCUGGGACCUUGAGCUGCAAGUGCAAUAUGACUGACCCUCAACCCCUCUUCUUUGUUAUUAAACCCUAAAUAAAGUAUUUUGCAUUAUUAUAA